AUGAAGGUCAGCGCCGGUCUACUUGCCAUUUCAGGCGCCAUUGAUGUAGAUACAAAGAAGGUUCCUCCAAGACAUCCGCUUCAGAGACUUCAUCGAUUGACCCAGUUUAGCGCAGAAAUUCUCAACCAGUGGUUCGACUUUUUGCCAUCUAAAGAUCUCUGGAUCGGUAAAUUUGCCGCAAAUGCUGCCAGAAUGCGCACUAACUUCGAACGCGGACAGCAGCGUUGUGGGUUCUACGAUCCAAGUUUGCCCCACGGUGGACCUUUUGACCCAGAUGAGAGAUUUUUGGACGGCGAAUUUGAUGACUACGAGGACUUUGAAUUUGACGAGCGAUACGAUCGAGAAGACCCUUGCAAAGGUUCUCGUCAAAUCACGACUGGCUAUCGAAAAUGGGCACAGCGUUAUCUUUCCCAAUGCUCCGGACAGUCCCGCUACCGAUUCCAGAUCAAACGAAUGCACAAGUGGCGCAACAUUCUGCAUGCUCACCUGAACAGACACACUGGCAGCGCCUGCCCAAGACGCGAAAGUGACAUGGAUAUUCUCGACUCUCCUCUCAUCUGA